UACACGCGGUCCUGUUGAAGACUACUGUUUCUACAAUGGUGAGCACACCCGAGCCCAGUCAUGUUCUUACCGCGAUCGAUUCGGCAUUGGUGCAACGUGUCCAACCGGUAAACGCCACUCGGAACGGAUCUACAGCAGACCUUCCCGCGGUCGGACGACCUGGUUCUUGUGGUGGUACAUUUCAUGUGAUGCCGGCCGAUGUCCGUACCCCUCCGUUACUGUAUUCGCCUUCCUUGCCAACCUCUAACCCAGUUCGGAAUUCCAAUGAAAAUAACGCACACCCCAAUUUUAGACGAUUUAAUAGAGCUAUUUGUAAUCAAAAAAGAUAUUCUGUUGCCGAUCUUAUGGAUCAGUUGCUAGUGGAUAUUUAUAAAAUGGGUCACUACAGAAGCAUCGAGUCCGAAUCUUCAAACGAACAGACUAACUGGAGUAAUCAAAGUGAUCAGUUUUCUUUUACGAGUACUAGCGCCAAAAGGCUUCAACGAAAAAGCGUGGAGGAAUUAGUCACAGCUAUCGAGUUGCUUAAGGACCAAUUGACUAUGUGUUGUGAUUCACUUGUCAAAGCAUUAAAACGAAGGGAUGUACUGAUAGUCCGUCGAGAUGCCAAAUGCAACAUGAUUACAGCUAUGUUACAUGCUUACUCAAUGAAACGCAGUGAAGAUACAAAAAUGCGAUUCAAUGUAAAGCCUGGUCCUGGAGACAGCGAUUUUGAACAGUGGCAAAGUGCCAUGAAAAUGGUAGCCAGACUUCCAGACGGUGUACCUCAAGAAUUUCGCAACACUUUAUGGUUGACGUUAGCAGAAAAAUAUUUAGCGUCAAGAGACGUGGAGUGGCCAAAAGUCGAAAGAUUUUGUUUUAAUGAUACUACAAAUCCAGAUGACGAAGAGUUAGGCGUACAAAUAGUAAAAGACUUACAUCGCACUGGUUGCAGUUUAUUUUGUGGUUCUUCCGGAUUAGAAAAUCAAGGUCUUCUUAAAAAAGUGUUACUGGGUUAUGCACGGUGGAACAAAGCUGUAGGAUACUGCCAGGGGUUCAAUAUGCUGGCUGCGCUUAUAUUACAAGUUAUGGAGAAAAAUGAAUCUGAUGCUCUUAAGGUGAUGAUAUAUUUAAUCGAAGGCGUACUUCCAGAAGGUUAUUUUGCUAAUAAUCUCAGGGGAUUAUCUAUAGAUAUGGCAGUAUUUAGAGAUAUACUGCGAGUGAGACUUCAAAAUUUAUCCAAACAUUUAGAUAAAUUGCAAAAUGAAUCAAAGGACUUAGGAAAUAGCUAUGAACCACCUUUGACUAAUGUUUUUACUAUGCAAUGGUUUCUAACAUUGUUUUGUAACUGUCUUCCCCAACGUACUGUGCUCCGCGUCUGGGAUUUGAUUUUUCUUGAAGGAAGUACAGUGUUGUUGAAAACUGCAUUAGCUAUGUGGGAAGCCCUUUCUGAUCGUAUAAUGACUGUGUCUAGUGCGGAUGAGUUUUAUAGUAUAAUGGCUGUACUUACCCGAGAAAUGCUCGAAUUUGGCUUAAUGGACGCUAAUAAUUUAAUUAAUACAAUAAGCACAAUGAAUGAGUUAGUCGAAGUUAAAGAACUUCGAGAAAGAUACAUGUAUAACAUAAACCCUUGGGUCAGUCAUAUGGCAAAACGAGGACUACGGUUAUUCUACGCGGAUUCAGACAUUGAUGAUACUGAUAGUGAUGAUGAUGUUGACAGCAGAUCAGGUUCUUAUGGUUUAAGAUACGAUAGAAGGGAAAGUAACCAGAGAAAAGAUAGUAAAACCAAUCGAACUAUAAGACGGCAAGCUCCUAGCUUAGAAUCAGAAAGGGAAAAAGUGGCUUUGGAUAUAUCAUCAUUAAAAAAACAAUACACUAAACUCAAAGAACGACAGAAACAGGUUCAAGUUAUACUAACAGCCGCAUGUAACGGACAAAAUAUAAUUAGCACUGCCAACUCUUCAGCAAUGAAUCAUUUAUUAUUUGGUAAAACGGCUUUACGUUGCACGUCAGUAGGACCUAUACCAGGUUCAAUACCGCUGAGGUAUGUUCAACAGCCAGAAACAAAAAAAGAGACAAAACACAGAAAACGACCUAGUUAUUCUUCGUCGUCUUCGUCCACGUCGACUGAACUAUGUGACGACCCGGCAUUAGAAACUGAACCAUCAGACAGUAGUGACUGUGAUAUAAAAUGUGAUGAAAACAUUGAAAGUAAUGAUCUUUGUCGUGAUAAAAUAAAAGCUGACUGCGACGUUAGUCUAUCAGAAGUGCUUCGAGCAAAUUCGGAAAUAUUAAAUAGGAUAUGUAAAGGAGUCGUAGAACAACCACCAGAAUCAAUUAAUAGUUCGUUAGAGGAUCGACUUCCAGAUUUAAUAAGUGAUAUUGAAGUGUUGGAAGAGACGCUUGAGGAACCUACAGUGGUCCUCGAAGAAGUUACCAAGGUAAAAAAUAAUACUGUAAAAUCGGAAACAACAGAUAACAACAACCCAACUCAACCUAAUCCGGUAGAAAUCGUCCAAAAUGAUGAAAAGUUAACAUUGGAAAGGUCCGAGAGCAUAGUGGAUGAAGUAGUAUUUAAUAACAAUAAUAUGUCAACAAUAGAAAACUCAGAUAAUGAUAUAUUAAGAAUUAAAGAAGAUGUUGAAUUAGAAAUAUUAAAAAUACCUGAAGAAACUACAAAGACAAUUGAUUCUGAUGAAUCUAAAUUUUCAUGGAAUGGUGAAAAUAAUAGUGUAAUAAAAGAAAAUGACGAAGGAUGUAAUAUCCCAGUUAGUACAUUUCCUUCAAAAAUAAGACUUCCAAAACAAUUAAGUAUUGAACUAGGUCUUUAUCCUGAUGACACGUCAAAUUAACAACUUCCAAUACAACAAUCACUACAAAUUGAAUAAUGCACAUCUUUAAAAUAAUUAUUUAACCAAAAGUUGUUUUUGUUUGAUAAAUUAUUAAGAUCGACUGUUUACGAAACAAUCAUAAUUGAAUUUCUUAAGUUGAUUGAGUAUUUAAAACCUAUAUGUGAUAUUUUUUACUGUACAAAUUUUCCAAAACUACAACUUAAUAUUAUAAUAAUUUUUAUAACAUUUCAUAGAAAUGGUUGUACAUGUAAGUCAAUAAUAACUAUUUCAAGAAUUUUCAUAUAUUGUAUACAUUUUUAAUUAAGGAGCUUAAAUAUUUCAU